AUGUUCUCACAAGUCGUUGCAGUGGAUCGAAAACGUUCUGAGCCAAUUACAAAAAACUUUGGGAACUUCCUGUGCUAUGAUUGGAGUCUCACCAUCAAUAAAUUGGACAGUGAUAAUAAUCGUGAAUUGCUGGAGUUUCGUUUAUUCUCAGAAUGCACAAGCAACGUACCUGACUCGUUAAAACUAGAGGUGGAAGCUGAAAUAAGCAUAUCAGAAUACAGAAAAUACAACUGCAGCAAUGGUUGUUAUGUAAACGUUUGUAGAAAAAAGCACGAAGGGGAAGAAACGAUGUUUCAAGUUGAGUUUCAAAUUGAUCCAAACUCGCAAUUUUCGACCAUCAGAGUGGACAUCAAUGCUAUCAAAGUUGUUGGUGUCCCCGUUGACUACCCAAAUUUCUCUCCAACUGUGAAGCUGGAUGUUGGUGGCACCAUAUUCCAUACAACAGAACAGUGUCUUGAAGGCCGCAUCAAGACACAUUAUGAGAUUGAGAAAUACAAAUUCAAACUGGAACAUAAUAAUAAAGCUGAUACCGACGGACAAGUUAAAGAAAUGGAUCCUGUGUUUUACGAUCGUGACCCAAAACACUUCCGAUUGAUAUUGAAUUUUCUGAGAGAUGGAAAAGUGGGCCUGCCAGAUUCUGAUAAAGAAGUUGAGGAGAUUCUGGAAGAAGCAAAAUUCUAUGAUUUGAUAGAGUUGUCCAAUUAUUGCACGGAUCAUUUGAGCAGAAAAUCUUCUCGUAACUCCACUCCAGUUGUUGACAUUGUUCAACUGGACAUUGGUGGUACCAUAUUCAAAACCACAAAGUCUACACUGACAAGAUUCAAUGGAAUGUUCAAGACAAUGCUGGAUAAUGAGAUAUCUGUGAAAAAACAGGAUUUCGAGUCGAUUUUCAUCGAUAGAUCCCCCAAACACUUUGACAUCAUACUCAACUUCAUGAGAGAUGGAGAUGUGGAGUUACCGGAAACCAACAGGGAGCUCAGAGAGGUUUCGAAAGAGGCACAGUACUAUCUAUUGGGCGGUCUUGUUGAGAAAUGUGAGAACUAUAUUGAUAAUAUUGUUGUUGCUUAA